UUACAUACUGGAACGUCCGGUAUAGACUUGAUUAUCAUGCCCCGUAUAUCUAUUGAAAAAAAAAAUGGGAACUUGAUAAUCAAACUUGUUUACAAAUAUUGCACAAUACAACACAACACAACGCACGCACAGGGUCUGACUUUCAGAGCAUUUAUACAGAACACAGGAAUCUGUAAAAUGCCCAAGCGAAAAACUGCUGUUCCUGGAGGUGAUGCUGGAAGUAGUAUUAUAAAUAAAGAGGAAAAAACAGUGAAAAAUAAAGUUAUCCAGAGCAAAUAUUUUUCAAUGAAAGCAGAGAAUUCGCACAAAUUGACAAAAAAGUUCUUUGAUCAAACAGGAGAAGACUUAGCCAAGUCUUUACUUGGAAAAAAAUUGGUGAGAAUGCAUGAAGGAGAAAGAAUGAGUGGGAUUAUUGUUGAAACAGAGGCGUAUCUGGGACUAGUGGAUAAAGCAGCUCAUUCUUAUAAUGGUAAAAGAUCAAAUAAAACUGAAGCCAUGUUUAUGGAACCAGGCACAGCUUAUGUUUAUUAUAUAUAUGGGGUGUAUUGUUGUAUGAAUAUAUCAUGUCAAGGAGAAGGUUGUGCUGUGCUACUGAGGGCUGUAGAGCCUUUGGAGGGUAAAGAAAAGAUGAACUUACUAAGAUGGAAAAAUACCAAUAAUGAAACCAAUGUUUCCACAGACAAAGACAAACCACCUGUUGCCAAAGUUCCUAAAAAAUUGACUAAAAAGGAAAAAGAUCUGUCGAAUGGACCUUCUAAGAUGUGUCAAGCAUUGGAUAUAACAAAACCUGAAUUAAAUAAAGUUGAUUUGACUGAUAGUGAUAAACUUUGGUUAGAAGACGGUGAUCCUAUCUCAGAUUCUAAAAUAGUUGUUAGUAAAAGAAUUAAUAUCGGAUACGCAGAAGAUUGGGUUGAUAAAUUACUCAGGUUUUAUAUUCUUAAUAAUGAUUUUGUUAGUGUACGAGAUAAACCAGCGGAAAAAAUAUUAGUUGAUAUAAAAUGAUUUUAUUUUUUGAUUUUUAAUUUAUAUAGUAUGUACAUAAUAUAUAUUGCACUAAUCAUUAAUAUUUUCAAUUUAACAGCAUGUCAGUUGGCAUAUUUAGGAAGAAAUCGACUGGAUUCACUCCCACAUUGUGUAGUGAACUUAUUAACUUUAUAAUAAAACAAUAUCUAUAUCAA